UAUUUUGGAAUUUCGUUCCAGGAAGUAGCGUUCGCGUUGUGUAACGUGGUUGCUGAUAGGAAAUGUAGUUCUUAAAGGGACACACACGAAAAAAAAAAAAAACACUGACAAAAACUUAAAAUAUCUACAUUGUUUUUAUUUAUAAAGAUAAUUUAAAAAAAAAAGUUUAUAUUUUCUUAAAUAUUAUACUACGUGUAUAAUUUAUUGCACUAUACUAUUAACAUACAGUAUUAUAUAGUUUAUUGUUUUACUAUACAAUAUAUUACUACAUUUCACCUCAUACUAUAUCUUCCCAUUCUUUUAUCCCAUGCUAUAUUUACAUAUCAUUACUUAAUCAUAUUAUGUAAUAGUCUCUUGUAUGCUGUUUACAUACUAGACUUGCUGACUUUGCUGCUACUAAACAAUCAAUCACUAAUUACUUGCCCUCUUCCGGCUACCAUUUUUAUUUCUUGUUCUAGUUGUAUGUAUCUUGAAUUAUCUAUAUUUAUAUAUUAUAUUCAUAUUAUAUAAACACAUUUCAUAAAUUCACAGAAUUCUGCUGAUGUGAGUUUAUUCUGACCUCUCCUGCCUUUUUAUUAGCCACACCCACCUUCAACUACUCACACCUGUGUCCAGGUAAUCAGCAAGGUAAGAGUGGACAACCUAGAAAGAGUUCCAGUCACCUCAGUGAGUUACUGUUUUCUGUUUAGCUCAGUUGUGUGGUUUGGUAGGAGCUGAUUGAACAGAGUUUGCUGCUUCAUCGGAGCCAUGGGCUUUCUCUUAAGAUGGUUACUGUUGUCCUUGCUAGCUGUUGGAAGGCAUCAGGCAUAUGCUUACAGAACUGGAUCUGCUGGGAAGUAUGGAGGUAACGUGCCAGUUGAAGGCUAUCGACCAGAUUCAGAUAGCUUAAACACUGGAGACGACUCUUCGUGGAGCACUGGACCAGCUGCUGGUGGUUCAACAUCAGAUACAAAUGAGGUAGCAGAGUCUUAUCUGCCCCAGCAGCCUCAAGGGCUGACCUACCAGCAGCCGCAGAUACCACAGCAGCCUAAAUAUCUACCCCAGCAGCCCCAGGUGCCCCAGGUGCCUAGCUACCAGUCCAAGUUGCACCAGCGGCACCAGCGGUCCAGCUACAAGCCCAAGUUGCCCCAGCAGCCCAAGGUGCCCCAGGUGCCCCAGCAGCCCCAGGUGCCCCAGCAGCCUAGCUACUUGCUCAAGUUGCCCCAGCAGCCCCAGGUGCCUAGCUACCAGCCCCAGCAGCCCCGGGGGCCCCGGGUGCCUAGCUACCAGCCCCAGCAGCCCCGGGGGCCCCAGGUGCCUAGCUACCAGCCCCAGCAGCCCCGGGGGCCCCAGGUGCCCCAGCAGCCCCAGCAGCUCCAUCGGCCCCAGGUGCCUAGCUACUUGCUCAAGUUGCUCAACUUGCUCAAGUUGCCCAAGUUGCCCCAGCUGCCUAGCUACCAGCCCCAGGUGCCCCAGCAGCCCCAGGUGCCCCAGCAGCCCCAGGUGCCCCAGCAGCCCCAGGUGCCCCAGCAGCCCCAGGUGCCCCAGCAGCCCCAGGUGCCCCAGCAGCCCCAGGUGCCCCAGCAGCCCCAGGUGCCCCAGCAGCCUAGCUACUUGCUCAAGUUGCCCCAGCAGCCCCGGGGGCCCCAGGUGCCUAGCUACCAGCCCCGGGGGCCCCAGGUGCCUAGCUACCAGCCCCGGGGGCCCCAGGUGCCUAGCUACCAGCCCCAGCAGCCCCGGGGGCCCCAGGUGCCUAGCUACCAGCCCCGGGGGCCCCAGGUGCCUAGCUACCAGCCCCAGGUGCCCCAGCAGCCCCAGGUGCCUAGUUACCAGACCCAGGUGCCCCAGCAGCCCCAGGUGCCUAGUUACCAGCCCAAGUUGCCCCAGGUGCCCCAGGUGCCUAGCUACCAGCCCAAGUUGCCCCAGGUGCCUAGCUACCAGCCCAAGUUGCCCCAGGUGCCCCAGGUGCCUAGCUACCAGCCCAAGUUGCCCCAGGUGCCCCAGGUGCCUAGCUACCAGCCCAAGUUGCCCCAGGUGCCCCAGGUGCCUAGCUACCAGCCCAAGUUGCCCCAGGUGCCCCAGGUGCCUAGCUACCAGCCCAAGUUGCCCCAGGUGCCCCAGGUGCCUAGCUACCAGCCCAAGUUGCCCCAGGUGCCCCAGGUGCCUAGCUACCAGCCCAAGGUGCCCCAGGUGCCCCAGGUGCCUAGCUACCAGCCCAAGGUGCCCCAGGUGCCCCAGGUGCCUAGCUACCAGCCCAAGUUGCCCCAGGUGCCCCAGGUGCCUAGCUACCAGCCCAAGUUGCCCCAGGUGCCCCAGGUGCCUAGCUACCAGCCCAAGUUGCCCCAGGUGCCCCAGGUGCCUAGCUACCAGCCCAAGUUGCCCCAGGUGCCCCAGGUGCCUAGCUACCAGCCCAAGUUGCCCCAGGUGCCCCAGGUGCCUAGCUACCAGCCCAAGUUGCCCCAGGUGCCCCAGGUGCCUAGCUACCAGCCCAAGUUGCCCCAGGUGCCCCAGGUGCCUAGCUACCGGCCCAAGUUGCCCCAGGUGCCUAGCUACCAGCCCAAGUUGCCCCAGGUGCCCCAGGUGCCUAGCUACCAGCCCAAGUUGCCCCAGGUGCCCCAGGUGCCUAGCUACCAGCCCAAGUUGCCCCAGGUGCCCCAGGUGCCUAGCUACCAGCCCCAGGUGCCCCAGGUGCCCCAGGUGCCUAGCUACCAGCCCCAGGUGCCCCAGGUGCCCCAGGUGCCUAGCUACCAGCCCCAGGUGCCCCAGGUGCCCCAGGUGCCUAGCUACCAGCCCCAGGUGCCCCAGGUGCCUAGCUACCAGCCCCAGGUGCCCCAGGUGCCUAGCUACCAGCCCAAGUUGCCCCAGCAGCCCCAGGUGCCUAGCUACCAGCCCAAGUUGCCCCAGCAACCCCAGGUGCCUAGCUACCAGCCCCAGGUGCCCCAGGUGCCUAGCUACCGGCCCAAGUUGCCCCAGGUGCCUAGCUACCUGCCCCAGGUGCCUAUUUACCCGCUCAUGGGGCCUUUGUACCAGGUCAAGAUCAAGCCACAAGUUAUGAAAAAGCUUUUCUACCAACCAUGGAGACCACAACUGCCCCAGCAGCCCCAGGUGCCCCAGCAGCCCCAGGUGCCCCAGCAGCCUGGAUACCCACCCAAGCAGCCUUAACCUCAGCAGCCCAAGAACUACAACACUGAAGCAUUGACGACACAACUGAGCCUUUGUAUUGACUUGUGAAAUUUAAAAUAAACGAACCUUGUAUUCUGC